CGGGCGGAGGCGAGUGGGGCGCGUUGGUGAGUAACCAGAGCAGCCUCCGUGCUCCUGUGUUCGGGUUUCUGCUCCUUCGGGUUUCCCGGCGCAGCCUGGGGGCUGCGGCUGUAGUCAGCGGGGCCGGGGUGUGAAAUGAGCAACUCUGAAGAUGAGGACCUCCCCCAGCUCUCUUCCCAUGCCCUGGCAGCUCUGCAGGAAUUUUAUGCUGAGCAGAAACAGUACACCGACCUCGGUGGUGAUGACAAGUAUAACAUUGGAAUAAUAGAAGAGAACUGGCAGCUGAGCCAGUUUUGGUACACUCCGGAGACCGCCCUGCGCCUUGCAGAGGAAGCCGUGGCAGCUGCUGGGGAAGGUGGCAGAGUAGCAUGUGUGAGUGCCCCCAGCGUUUACCAGAAGCUGCGAGAGCUGCACAGAGACGACUUUUCUAUCUGCAUCUUCGAAUAUGACCACAGGUUUGCCAUAUACGGAGAGGAGUUUAUCUUCUAUGAUUACAAUAACCCAGUGGAUUUACCUGAGAAAAUUGCUGCACACAGUUUUGACAUUGUAAUAGCAGAUCCCCCUUAUCUCUCUGAGGAAUGUCUCAGAAAAACGUCGGAAACCAUCAAGUACCUGACCCGGGGCAAGAUUCUGCUGUGCACAGGUGCCGUCAUGGAGGAAGAGGCAGCAAAACUUCUUGGAGUGAAGAUGUGCAAGUUUAUUCCAAAACACACUCGAACCUUGGGAAAUGAAUUUCGCUGUUACGUGAAUUAUGAUUCUGGGCUGGACCGUGAACUGUGAACGCAGCUGGUAAUACAAUGUAGUAAAGGACCCAUGUGACAUUUCCCUCUUUUUAUUUUCUUAGUAGAUUGAAAAGCUACGGCCUCCCCUCCGCCCUCACAAACUGGGGCUCCCCCGGCCUAACUUUCAAGAUGAAGAAGACAACAUCUUGUUGUGAUUUCCUUAGUGAGGGCGUCCCUAGAGCUUGGGAUGCUUGUGCCAACUUGAGUCAGUGGAAUUAUAUUUGGAGAAGCCAUAGAAGCCAUCUAGUCUACUCUCCACUUAACGCAGGUAAAGAGCAGAAGUACAGGCGGCUUAGUGAUUGGCCAGGACCUUGGCCUCUGCCUUGGGCGCAUCCUGUGUACUACGGGUGGCUGCGGACACCUGCGUGUGCUUUGACAGCCAUGCGGUUUGGAGUUUUAGCUGAGGACGAGGGUUGUGUCCAGUUCGCAAUUGCCUUCCAGGAGCUCAGUGCCCAGAAGAGGGCACAUGCUCAGUAAGUAUUUGUUGAGUGUUCCAGUCAGAGAAAAAAUGCAAAUACAGGUUGCCUUUCUAGAUCUUGGAAGGGAAAGCUGAUUCUUCCAUUGGAAUUGCGUUACCUGUUAACAGCUAACGUUAGUUAAACUGAUGCUUAAUACAGUUCAUGGAAUAGCAGUAUUAUCCCCAUGCAAGCCGUUUACUCUGCUUCAGUCCGCUCCUCUGAUGUCUGCACUGUUCACAUUUGAGGAGUGGCUAGACAAUGUUACACCACAGUGGCAAUGCUUGAAAUAAUUACCCAAGGUUUGAAAGGCAGUUUUUCUUUUUAAUUUGUGGAUUUCUUUGUUGACGUAUGCUAGAUAUACCACCACUAGGCUUACCUUUUUUUUUCCCCCAGAGGUUGAGCACAGAAGUAAAGUUCCCCAAAUGGUAUAGAACUACCCACAGCUAUCAAUUUCAAUUUUGAAUUUUUUAUUUGGAAUUUUGCUCAGCAGUGUUUUUCAUGCACAACCUCUGUCAAUAUUUGGUACAGAUUGAAAGUUCUCUCGGUUGACCUUCUGUCCAGAUCAAACCAAGACUGAUUGUAAGUAGGGACAAGAGCAUAUAAACGAGGCCGACUCUGCAGAUCAUCGUCCUUGAACGUUAACCAUAAAAUUAAGAUACAGUGAUAGACCUUAAUUACCACUGUUUCCUCUGAAAAUUAGUGGAGCCCUUAGUGGAGCCCAGAGAGAAAUGCACAGCCAGCAUGCCCUUCACCUACAAUUGUUUUAAGGAUUUUAAAGAACUUCUUUUAAGCCUAAAGAAAAGGGUAAAGGUUUAGCUCACGUUGCGGUCGUAGAAGAGGACUCCACUCCUGAUUUCUGGGAAUCGUAAGUCUGCAAGUGAAAAAAAUUUCUAAUUGUAUAAACCUUGUAAGUGUGAGAUUCUGGGGUGAGCUGAGCCUCCCAGAGGGAGGGCAGGUCCUAGGCAGCCAUGUCCACUGGUGACCGUCGGCAACAGGCGGGGUUCAGGGACCCAGGCCACAAGGCGGGCUAGAGGGUGUGCUUCUAAAAACUCCUGCCGAGGAAGUGAAAACAAUGUUUAUAAAAUGUUUACAUGUCAAGUAAAAUGUUUUUAAUAUACUUGCUCAAAAUGGCUAACAUAAAAAGUUUCUGCCCCUACUGAAAAUACCUGAAUAAACAAGAAGGUAUAUAUUCUACUUUUUUAAAAAAAGGUGGUAAGUGUUGUCCUCGAGGCUCUGUGCCCUCCCAGCAGUCCUUGCAGUGCUAUCACCCGUGGUUGCAAGGGGCCGGUGGCCGGGAGCCUCAACGAACUCUGGCGAAGCGGGUCACCUGUGGUGGCCCCAGCCUUGGGCCGCCCACACAGGGCUGCGACGUGGUUGGUUCCCGCCACCUUUCACUGCCCUGCGCUCCUGCCCAAGAGGAAGCCUGGGGGAUGCAGGAGGUCAGGCUCACACGCAGUCCAGUCCAGUCCAGCGCUGGGUGCUCCGUCC